ACCCGCACACAGACUGACAGACCGACCGGCAGACAGGUGAUGAAGAUGGUGUCCUCCUCGCGCCUCCGCUGCCUCCUCCUGCUCCUCCUCUCCCUCACCGCCUCCAUCAGCUGCUCCUCCGCCGCCCAGAGAGACCCCAAACUCCGCCUGCUGCUGCACCGGACCCCGCUGCUGGGCUCCAAACAGGACAUGUCUCGGGCCUCGCUGGCGGAGCUGCUCCUCUCUGACCUCCUGCAGGUGGAGAACGAGGCCCUUGAGGAGGAGAACUUCCCUCUGGCUGAAGGAGAACCUGAAGACGUCCAUGUAGAUCUGGAACGAGCCGCCGCCGCCGGCAGCGGGCCACUGCUCGCCCCCCGAGAGAGGAAAGCUGGCUGCAAGAACUUCUUCUGGAAGACCUUCACUUCCUGCUGAGAGCCCCAUCAUCCUCAUCCUCCCCUCCAUCUUCAUCACCACACUUCCUGCAGACGCUGUACAGACACUGUAUGGAUCCGACUAUCGAUGAUUAGUUUGGAUGAAUUGUUUAGAUUUUUCUGAGCUGAUUCUUUCUGAAUGUAAACUUGAUGAAACUAUUUUUAAUUGUGGGUUUGAAUAAAAUCAGUUUGAGACAAA